CAUGAAAAUCCCGAAACUGUUCUCAAGCCGGAAACAAAAUAUCGUUGUCUACAACCACUCGAAGUUGGUACGUGCAAAGAAACAUAUCCGUCUUUCUACUUCGAUCGGAAUACGAAGACUUGUCGGCCGUUCUCCUAUUCGGGAUGUGGGGGUAACGACAACAGAUUCCUCACAUUGAUGCAAUGCCAAGGAUUGUGCGAACCUUUCAUGUAUUUAACCGAUACUGAAAUGGACUGUCACAUGCCACUCGAUCACGGCAACGGGAAGAAUGAAGACAAGUGUCUAGCGAACGCCGGCUUCCGCUUCUAUUUCGACAGAGAUCAUGGCAAAUGUACUCGCUUCUGGUAUCUCGGCUGUGACGGUAAUGCGAACAACUUCUUUUCGUACGAAGUCUGUCAACGAUCCUGCCGAACGCAAAUGCAGCGGCUGGAACGACGACCUCGUGCGAACAGCAAUGGUACGAACUCUCCUUCUUAA